CUGACGACAUCUGCAUAUGUAAUUCCAUCCAUGUCUUCGGUAGCGCGGCUUUAAAGCAUUUCUUAUACUACAACUCAUACUACAAACUCAACUUCCUCCAAAUAGCGAAACCGUGAUUCCAAAUCAUAGCAUCAACUCUCACAUAAUUCUAUAGUAUAAUUCCAAUUAUUAAUGCCAUCAACGGAUAUAUAAACCUAUUCUCAUAUCAUCACAACUAAUGCGAUUAUCCCAAUUCUCCAACUUAUUCCGAGCUUUCUUUGCCUUUUCUACCCCGACUAGGCUUCGUCCUUUAGCUCAUCAAUCACUACGCCACAACACAACACCAUUGAAGUCUAUGCCGACUAUUCCCUUCAUAGGAAGUCUGUUCGGCUCAAGCUCUAGCCAAUCAAGCAAUAUGUCGUAUCCGGACCAGAGAACACCUGACGAAUGGCGCGCUGUUCUUACUAAAGAACAAUUUAGAAUUCUUAGAGAAAAGGGUACCGAGGCGCCAGGGUCUGGGAAGUACGAUAAAUUUACCUCCAAUUCUGGAGUAUAUACAUGCGCAGGUUGUAAUGCGCCUCUAUACAAGGCAAAUCACAAAUUCAAGUCUGGCUGCGGCUGGCCGGCAUACUUUGACAGCAUUCCCGGCGCUGUAACAAGGCAUACUGAUAGCUCAUGGGGUAUGGAAAGAACAGAGAUUUGCUGCGCCAAUUGCGGUGGUCAUCUUGGCCACGUCUUCAAGGGAGAAGGAUAUCCAACCCCAACAGACGAGAGACACUGUGUUAACAGUAUCAGCUUAAACUUCUCUCCAGAAGAUAAACCGACUGAAGGAGGAGAGAAAUAGAAUAGGGUCAGUAUCUUGGAAGUCAUAUUGAAAUUCUCUCCUUGUUUUUAGGGAGUAAAUAUAUAGUAGUCGAAGGUAUAAGAUAGAUACGGCUAUUCAAAAGCGAUAUUACUAUUCGUAUACUGCCUGUAUUUUGUAUGAAUAGUUUAAAUUUUCAAUCUGGAGUAUCGUGUGUCUUUUGCUGACAAGAUUAGAGAUAGGGGCGUGUCGGGUGCUCUUCCUGGGGAGCUUGUAUAGCGUUUGGGCCUCUUGCAUUCCCAAAUAUAGUUAAGAAAGGCUUAUUCGGUUGCUGUCAACGGUCAAGGCUUUUACAUACUUCUCACCACCUACCAAAUCUUCAUCUUAAAACUUAAAAGAAUGGUGAGCUUACUCGUAUUCGUCGUCUAGCAGUAUGAAUUAUUUUGAGGAUAAUGACUAGAAACGGGGCAUCGCAAAGUGCCUUCUGAAUUUUAUAGUGCUUGCAACCGUAUAAUUCUUAUCUAUGCAAAAAGAGAGAACUUCCGGGAGCAACUUCUGAACCUAGCACACUA